UUAGAUGCCAAUAUUCUGUAUUUCUGCAAUUACAUAAACAGCAGAUUCGGUGGGUGGCCAUUUUACAUUGUCACUUAUCUUCCUCCCAAGAAUCAGCGGAAGACUCUUCCUCCCUUUGGCCGUGCUGUUUUUGGGAGGCAGAUAAUCACCGAAUCUACUGUUAAUGUAACUGUAGAAACGUGGCAGAUUGGCGUGUAAAAUGGCCUGUGAAUGAGAUUGGUGCCAGUGAUGGGACUAAAGUCAGUGUGGAAGAACUACAAAGUUCUGAUUGUAAUGGGAGCGGGUCUCGGAGGGAUACACUGGGGCUGGUAUAACAUGCAGUCAAACCCAGCCUUUCAUCCUGAGGGGCAAGGUCGGAUGCCAUCCAUUUUUCAAUUUCUUUCGGGCAAGGAAACUGAUGCAAAAGCCAAAUAGUGGUGUGCUGGUGGUUUUUUAGAUUGUGAAGUUGCUCUUCUUGACCUGGGAGCCAUGAAGCAGAAAUCGUUUUUGAGGAGGAACUGGCUGUGGGUUGCUGGGAUCUCCUUUCUUGGCAUCCACUUUGGGACAUAUUUUAUUCAGAAGGUGGCAAAGAGUUCUGCUAAAGAAACCAUGGCGGUUAAAGACGCUCGAAGCAGGGAAUGACACCCCACCUCAUGCGUGUUCACCGGAUUCACUCAUGUUGAGUACUUGUCAACCUACAACUGUCGUGUUGCACAUUUCCCCCUGUUGGUGUGAGCUUAAUAAAUAAUGUGAUUUUUAAAUCCUAACCUGAUUUUUUUUUUUCUUGAGGAGUAGGAAUUCUCACAUAGUCACAAUGGAAAGAGUUGAACAGAAAAAGCCAUCGCGAUGCGCAGACGGGCCCUUCACCAGUGCAUCGCUGCGGGAAGCACUGAGUGUGAUACGGAUGAUGGUGGCAUCAUGCUAUGGCCCGUAUGGAAGACUGAAGCAGAUUCACAAUGGUAGUGGGGGAGGUGUUACUACGACGUCACAGUCAACGGCCUUACUCGGUGGCAUGUCCCUCAGCCACCCGGCGUUGCAGCUACUCGUCGCCUCUAUCCGUAAUCAUAUCUCUGCCUUCAGUGAUUGUGGACUCUUUGCAGCAAUCCUCUGUUGCAACCUGAUCGACAGGUUCAUGAGUUUACCCGUUUCAACCCACAAGGUGAUACAAUUAAACAAGAGGCUUUUGGACGCCUCCAUGAGUUACUUGAAGUCUGAGGACUGCGCUUGCAAAAUCAACGUCGAUUUUACCCACAGCAAAUCAAUUCUUGAUUUCGCCCGAUCUGUGCUCAGUAGCAAACCAGCAUGCAUGAUGACGGUGAAAGAAGUAGAUUACGUGAGCCUCCUGAUUGUACAAGCUUUUCUCCACAAAGUCCCCGAUAAGACCUGUCCCAGUCACCUUUUAGGAAGAACUCUGUUCGUGACGGUCGAAGGCCCAAGUGUAAUGGAGUCCGCCUUUAUUCCCGGCAUGCUCAUUGAAGAGCCAGCCUGGACCAGAGUGAGGCCUUCUUCAGGCCUACCCUCCACCAAUAUUAAGCUAGCCUUGUUUUCCAUGUCAUUAUGUGGAGAACUUGGUGAUACAGGAGAGGGCACUAUGGAGGUUAUGGUCAGCGUAGAUCCAGAAAAUGUAAUGUUGGACCAGUUGAUUGUUUUAGGGAAACGGUUAGUGGAUGAUCACGUGCAAAUGGUGGUGUGUCAAAAAGUGAUCCACCCAUCGCUAAAACAGUACCUGAAGGAACACUGUGUCCUUGCGGUCGACAGAUUAGGAGCGGCUCUUAUGGAUCCUUUAAGUCAAAUGACAGGCGCCCAGCCUAUAGCUUCUCUCUGUCCGGUUUCCCACGUUUCAUAUGGUAGCCUCAAGCAGAUCAAUAAGGCUUCCUACGGGAAUAAGCACUACCUGCAUCUCCUCCCCUCUGACACUACUGUGUGCAGUAUUGUGCUCUGCAACCGGAAUGAGACCUCCGUAAAGGAGCUUACGCGGACGUGUCAGACUGCCGAGCCCACUUUAAAUCUUCUCUUAAAGGACCCCUGGCUCCUGCUUGGUGGAGGCUGUACUGAAGCACAUAUAGCUGCCUAUAUCCGGUAUAAGAGUUCAAUUAUUCACAGAAGUCAUCUUGAAGACCUGAGAUGUACAGCGUCUGAGUAUAAACUGGUGGCUGACUGCUUCUGCUCCUCAUUAGAGGCUGUGGCACGAAGUUUGGAACACGAUGGCGGGGAAUCACUUACAGACUUACAGGACGGCCAUGUGUGGUCUAUACCUCCUGAAGUCACCGUCGAUGGUGAACAGACAGAAGCUGUACAUACGUGUGGCUGUCAGCUUCUCCAGAGGGGAGAUGGUCUAAAGUGGUUUGUUCUUGGGAGCCCAUCUGAGCCGUUCAGCCCCCGGAAUCGCACAGAAAUCUCUCCACUAUUACUAGCUAAAGAGCCUCUAGUUUUAGAUAGCCUCACUGCAAAAUGUAAUGGUAUCAGGGUGGCUGUGGACACGGCUGGUCUGAUCUUGGAUCUGGCAUAUAUUGUUAAAGAUGAAAAUUAAUUUGAUAGUUUUACAAAUAAAAUAUUUUAUUUCUUUUUGUUCUAGAAGAAUCCAUGUUUCCUUGUGUCUACAUCUCGUACGCAUCUA